UGCAGGAAGGAGAAUAUGUCCAGGCCUGCCCAUGGCUGCUAUAAAAGUUCCCUUAGUCCUUGCUUCCCUUGUUCAUUUCUUUGAUUGGGAACUUCCUCAUGGAAAAUGUCCCGCCGAGCUAGACAUGACUGAGAAGUUUGGAGUAACACUGCAAAAGAAAGAACCACUGCUUCUGAUUCCCAAGGCCAGAAAAUGACCAUCAGGAUAUUCUAUCAGUAUAUCUUCUCUGUGUUAUCUGUUGCAUUGUGCACUAGAUACAAGUAUAUUUUGUCCUGCUAUAUACAGACACAAGUUCUUUUGGUGUACAAUAGAAUAAAUUCAAGUGAAAUUAUUCUAUUUCAAAGAUACAAAUAUAUAAAUGAAGGCAAAGAAUUUGUGAUUGACUUGAGAAAUUCCCAGAAGAAUCACUUCAUUGAAAACAAUACCUGACAUCUUCUUGCUACAAUUGAAUGAGAAACAGCAACAACAACAAAUCAAUGCAACCAACAAAAAAUACAUCGACGAAAUUGACUGAAUAAGCUGAACUAAGAGCACAAAUAUGAAAUCACAGGUAAGGUAAGAACGAACAAAGCGAAGCCUCAGGAGUCCUAUUAAGAUCAUGUGGCCAAGUGCAUUAAUUUUCAAGUGGAAAUGUUUCACUUGGGUCUACCCAUCUUGCCCUUGAUUACAGUGGAACAAUAUUCACAAGAUGAGCGUAGUAGAGAUGCGAAUGCUAAGAUGGAUGUCCUAAAAUAGUAGAGUAGCAUUUUAGGCAGAGCAGUGUAAAUAACAUUAAGCAUGUCAACUCAUGACCAUCCCAAAGCCUAGAUAACAGUUGCCUUGUGUUGUACAAGAGUCUUUUGAACUUACUAAAUUUUUUUCUUCUUAAAAAAGAAAUGAAAUAAAGAUUGAAAGUCCACCUAUAUAAAAAGAAAUUCUCCAAAUGACUACUUAAAUAUCUUCCCCUAUAUCACCCUAAUCUAGGAUCAAUCACAAGAAUCCAAGUUAAGCCAAGAAAUGCUUGCCCCACAACUAGUAGAUAUGUGACUUCAACCACAGGAUAGAUUAUGAGGUUACUUCAAUAAAUCUAGUUGAAAAUUCUACACAAAAAUAUAUUUUGCAAGAAAAAAACACUUGUUCAUUUGCAUGUCAUGGCUCAGCCAUUUGAAAUUCUUUGCCUGGUUCCACUUUUCCUCUUACCCUUAAUCAUUUUUAUCUUCAGAGUUUUCAAAUCAUCCAAAAUCACACAACUUCCGCCAGGACCAACACCAUGGCCAGUCAUAGGAAACAUUUUUCAUAUGGGAAAAAUGCCUCACAUAACUCUGACAAAUUUUGCAAAAGCAUAUGGCCCUAUUAUAUCCCUCAAGUUUGGAACUAAAUGGCUAGUUGUUGGAUCAUCACCUUCUGUUGCUAUAGAAAUCCUCAAAACCCAUGAUAGAAUCCUGUCUGCUAGACAUGUUCCAAAUGCUGUUCCUUCGGAAGGAUCAGACCUUGAGAAGACAUCAUUGGGCUGGAAUUCUGGAUGUAGUAGUAGAUGGAGAUACCUGAGGACUUUAUGCAAAACUGAGCUUUUCUCUGGCAAAGUAUUGGAGUCUCAAGCUUGUUAAAGGGAGAAAAAAGUGAAGGAAUUGGUGGAAUUCUUGAGGUCAAAAGAAGGUCAAGUGGUGAAUAUUGGAGAGCUAGUCUUUGCAACUGCGUUGAACAUGCUGAGUAAUGUUCUGAUAUCUAAGGACAUGGCUAAUUUUGAUAAUGAAACAGAAGAUGGUGAUAUUAGAAAUCUAGUAAGGGAAAUAGUGGAAGCGGUCUCUGCUCCAAAUAUAUCUGAUUUUUAUCAAAUUUUAGGUAAAUUAGAUCUUCAAGGUCUGCGAAAAAAAUAUAUAAAUGUAGCGAAACAGUUUCGUUCCAAGUGGGAGCCUAUCCUUGAAGAAAGAAGGAACAGUAGAGAAAAUGGUUCUUCUAGCCAACAAGAUUUUUUGGAAACUCUCCUUGAUAAUGAUUUUACGAAUGAUUGUAUCCACCAGCUAUUUAUGG